UAACUUGAUAUGUAAACAGUAAGAUUCUUAGUUUGAGUUUUGACUUUUGGAUUCUUAAAUUUUAGUCUACAAAAUGUAUACAUUUUUUGUUCUCUAUGCCUCUUUUUAUACUCUAGUGGGCCUUUAAAUGUUUAGAGCUAAUCGCGCAAACGAUAUAUAUAUAUGGCUGAAGCGACUGAAGUGCGCAUGUUUGGAGAUCGAGCCAGGAUACUGCAAAGAUUGGUUCAAAACUAUCAUGGCGGACUGCAACGCUAAAGUGUUUGAUAAUUUAGUGAAAAUAAGCGGCAAAAUAUGGCCGAAAACGACCUAAAAACCACAUGAAAUCAAUGAUGAACUGUUAAGCUUUGCUUGGAGUACAAUUUGUGCGCGAAAUUAAUGUGAAAUUCCAGUGAAAAGCCCAGUAAAAGAAAUGGCGGAAGACGCAGCGGAAAAAGAAGCAAGUGAAGUUCUUCAUAGCCUCUUAUCGGUCGAACGCAUUGAGAAGCAAGAAAUAAUUGUUGAUGGAAGUGACAAUCAGACUGCAGCAUUUCAUUCCAACCCUUCUAACACCGAUGUAGCAGAUGGCGAUAGCGCUAUGCAAUAUACUCCUGUUUCGAUUUCCCAUUCGAUAUUUUCUGCCAUGGAUGGAGCGGCCCAUUUUUCCAAUAGCAUGGAUGACCAGCAAGUGGUUAUAUGGGAAAGUCACGCAAUAGUGGAUCCUAUGGAUACAAGUAUGACGGCAAUCUACACCGGACAUCUUCAAGAGGAGCCAGAGGCAGCUCAAUCUGAAGUCGAAGUUGUAAAAAAGCAGACGGAAGUUAAAGCUAAAGAGCUACCAAAGAUUAAGAUUAAUAAUAGCUCGAAUGUCAAGAAAAAAGCCGUAAAGAAGCAAAAGAAAAAGCCAUUCUUGCCAGCUGUUAAUGAUCCAACGAAAUUGGAAGAAAGUCCAGCUCAAGUGAAGGAGCGUUUUAAGAGAGGAUGUGAUUGUCAGGAUGAGAGUUGUUUUAGAGGACUGAACCCUGAGACAGUAUUUAAGCAUCGGCAUAAUAUUGCAGAACUGACAAAAGGCGAGCAUGAUAUGUACUUGAUGGGUGUUACAAUGGCAUGUCUUGCGAAUCCUGAUACGACUGUGCGGCAUAGGGAAAGGAGACGGCUCAGAGCCCAAUAUGUAUAUCAAGGAAGGCGAGUUUGCCUUGACGCUUUCCUCUAUCUAGAAAAUUGUACGCACUAUCAGCUGAAGAGAAUCAGAAAGCACGUUAUGACCCAUGGGGUUGCACCAAGAGUACAUGGAAAUCACGGAAAAAAGCCUCAUAAUACCUUCUCCUUGGACAUCUACUGCCAUGCUCGAGAGUUCUUGAAACAGUAUUUGGAGCAACAUACCGGAGAACGAGACAUUCUCAACACAAAACAAGGCAUUCAAUUACCUUGGGAUGUCACGCGGAAAAACCUCCACGAUGCCUAUAAAGAGUAUGGCCAGAUUUUAGAGCCUGGAGUUAAACUUAUGGGGUAUUCGACAUUUAGACAUUUCAUGAAGGAGCAAUUCCCCCAUGUGAAGUUCUGCAAGCUGGAACCAAAAGGCAAUAAUCAGCACCACAACAAUCAACAACAGCAACAGCAGCACGUCUCAGUGCAACACGUUCAGCAACCAACCGCUCAAAUUCAACAGCCUCAGCAAAUCCAAACAAUUGAGAGGCCGCGAGAACAGACUGUGCAACAAGUACAAAAAUGUAUCAUCAACAAUGAGGUGCAGCAAGUCAUACCCCUGGUGGUAGCUUCUAGUGAAACGAACGGGAAUCAACAUCAACAAUCGCAAACGUUCUUGGUAACGCCCGUCCCCCAGCUUAUAUCAAACGCCAACAUUGUUACUCCUCAAACUGCUGCAAAUCAUAAUACGAAUACAUUCUCCUAUCAGUUAACCAACACGGGGUAUGUUAUUAACGACCAAGGAAAUCUCGUCACUACUAUGACGAAUGGCCAACAUCAUGCGCCAUAUUUUAGCAGAAUGUAAGUUCGCGCCAUGCUGAACAAUAUCUGAUAGGUAUAUUUUUUGUACAAAACAAUUUGUUAACUUUAAAUAUAGAUGUUUUUAUAAACGAAUACUUUCGUUUUGUUUUCACUAUUAGGAUACUAGUUUAAUUUAUUUUCACUAUGAGCAGAAGCAGUUCCACCGUAUUUCGAUAGAAAACUAUGUGAUUUAUUACAAUAAAGAGUUUAGUAUA